AUGUCCGCCACCAACGAAGUCAUUCCCACCAUUGCCGACAGCAACGUCGUUGCCAAGUACAAGGAGGCUGCUGAAAUUGCCAACAAGGUCCUUGACAAGGUCAUCAAGCUUUGCGUUGAAGGUGCCAAGGUUAUGGAUAUUUGCGUUGCUGGUGAUGAUGCCAUUGUCGAAGCCACCAAGGGUAUCUACACCAAGGGCAACAUCUCCAAGGGUAUUGGUUUCCCUACCUCUGUCUCUCUCAACAACUGCGUUGCCCACUUCUCUCCUCUUCCUUCUGACCCUGAGUCUGCUACCACUUUGAAGGCUGGCGAUGUUGCCAAGAUCCAACUUGGUGUCCAAAUCGAUGGUUUCGGUUCCAUUGUUGCUCACACUCUUGUUGUUGGUGCUUCCGCUGAGAACCCUGUCACUGGUGUCAAGGCUGAUGUCAUUCAAGCUGCUCACACUGCCUUGGAAGCUGCUGUCCGCAUGGUUGCUCCUGGCAACAAGAACAUGGAAAUCACCAAGGUUGUUGACAAGAUCGCCGCUGCUUACAACACCAAGCCUGUCGAAGGCAUGUUGAGCCACCAACAAUUGAAGAACAAGACUGAUGGCAAGAAGCAGAUCAUCCUCAACCCCAGCGAAGCCCAUCUCCGUGAUUUCGAACGCUGUGAAUUUGCUGAGAACGAGGUCUACGUUCUUGAUGUGUUGAUCUCUAGUGGUGAAGGCAAGGUCCGUCAAUUGAAUGCUCGCACUACCAUUUACAAGAAGACCGAGAACAAGUAUCAGCUCAAGAUGACUACCUCCCGUCAAGUCUUCUCUGAAUUGCAAAAGAUGGCUGGUGCUUUCCCCUUCUCUCUCCGCCAAAUGGCUGAUGAGCGUAAGGCUCGCAUGGGUAUUGUUGAAUGUGCCAAGCAUCAAGUUGUUCUUCCUUAUGAUGUUGUCUACGAGCGUGAGGAUGCCGUUGUUGCACAAUUCCUUACCACCGUCCUUGUCACCAAGAACGGUAACGUUGUUGUUACCGAUCCCCGUUUCGACUCUUCUAUCAUCAAGUCGGACAAGAAGGUCACUGAUGAGGAAAUCCUCAAGAUCCUUGAAAUUCCCUUGAAGUCUGCUACCUCCAAGAAGAAGGCAAAGAAGACUCCUGCUGCCAAGCAGUAA